AUGAACGUGAGUGAACAGGACUUGGAGUACUUCCUCUCAUCGCGUUUCGCUACUCAUCGUUACCUUAUCAACACAGCAACUAUCAUCACUCUCUACUCCACCGUCGCUGUGGUCGGUUUCAUCGAGAACGCAGUAAUUUUUGCCACCCUUGUGGCCAUCGGUGACCUUCGCGGUGGAAGCGCUGCAAACGUCUUUGUUGGUGCACUCACUGUCUCCGAUAUGAUCCUCUGCGUAUUCAACGUCCCCACUCAAAAUUCUGUCCGUGCUCACAAGCACAUAUUUUGCUGGUUACAGCUCUACUAUGAGUUGGGCGAGCCAAGUGAGAUGUCUGCUAUGGCAUGCCGCGUCUUGUUUGCCAGUCUCGGUGUACCGACACACGUUUCCUGCAUCCUCAUUCUCCUCAUUGCCAUUGACCGCUAUCGCAACGUCCGUUUCCCUACCGUUUUUGCCUCCUCCGCUGCAGCAAGUGUCUCUUCUGCCGGUAGUGGUGGGAGCAGCAUCGCCAUUAGGCCACUACGCUCGGCUACCGCACUCUUCCUUGUUUUCCUUAGUGUCGUUUUUAGCAUUCUCGCAGCAUUUCCCGUGGCCUACUACACAGACGUGCAGCAAGUCUCACCCCAAACUUUCGCCGUCGAUCUUAAUGCCUCAUUACUUCCCUUUAACACUUCGUCGCCUGAUGUCGUUGCCCCAAGCGAUAGAGAUGUAUCAGGCGAGCGCCACUUUCCAAUGUACUGUGUGGAGCAGUGGCCAUCCCCACUACAACGCCUCAUCUACUCUGUGCUGGUGGUGAUCGGUCAGUUUCUCACGCCUCUCAUCGUCACUCUCAUACUCUACGCGCACAUUGGCUGGUGGCUUGCGCACCGCCGUGGUCAGCUGUACCACACUCAGAAGACGUCCGCCGGUCACAUUCACCUAGCCGCCCGACUGGAAGUGCGUACUCGACGCACUCAUCGCAUUCUCGUUGGUAUUGUCGCCUGUUUCGCCGGAUGUUGGACACCCUGGACACUCUACUCGCUGUACCUCGAGUGUACUGUCUUCGCUAUCGCUGACGUGCCUGUUGAGGAGAUGGCUAUGGUGGAUCCGGGCAACCAGAAUAUCACUGUGAAUGCAAAUCUGAAGACUACAGAUCUGGUUCUAAAGGCAAAUCCAUUGCGUUAUCAUUCAUUUGAUGAAGUGACGGAGGAGAUAUCGCCGAUGGUCACAAUUGCGCGCUUGGUGCUGUGUGUCUCUUUGUUCGCGCUAAGUUCAACGUGUGCCAAUCCCUUCCUUUAUGGUUGGCUGAACGAGAAUAUUCGUAAGUCCAUCAUUCGAAGGACAGGAUUGUGCAUGAAGAAGUCUCCGCAUUACAAUCAAACUUCAAUGGAUGUCAAUUCUUCCCACAUAGACAAGGCGCACUCCUUUGCCGCAAACUGA